CCUCGCCCGCGCCGCGUCACUACGUCGUCGCCCGGGCUACUCGUCGUCCGUCCGUCGGCUCAGUAGCGGGCGAGAAAGCGGAUUGGGGGAGGACGAGAGAGGCGGACGAGCGAUAUUAUUGAUGUGAGCGCUGGUGCGAUUACUGCAUGUUUAGUCGGUGGCGAGCAGAGCGCGCCUCAGCGAUCCCCACGAAGGCCGUGGUCGGUACCGACGGCGUACACGACGUUGACGAGAAGAGGCGCGAGGAGGCGUCAUCGUUGGAGAAGGGGAGAAGCGGUAAUCGGGCCGUGUUGCGUCGUACAUCUCGCGGACGUAGGUGCCUCGUAGCCGAGCGGCGCGGCAGCCGACAGCAGCGGUAACGGAGGCGCUAGCAACAGCAGAAGAUUGCCUGGAGUCUACGCUCGAAAUAAUAUCCUCUGACUGCUUCCUUGGCUCAAACUUAGAUUUACUGAGUGUAUAAAACUUUGAUGAAAUAAGAAAUAAAAAUAUCAAAAAAUGUCUCUGUGGGCGAAGUCCCAGCAGUUGCCAACUGAGGCAUUAAAACAAGUACAUGCUAUGUAUGGUGAUCAUUUCCCGAUAGAAGUGAGACAUUUCUUGUCAUCAUGGAUAGAAGAAAAAAUGUGGCCAGACAUAGACCCAGACAAUCCACAGCACGAGCAAUAUAUAACCAAUUUUGUUGAGUCUAUGAUACACGAAUUGGAGUCAAAAGCACAAACUUUCACCACAGACGAUUUUUUCAUAACAAGGAUAAAAUUGACAGAAGCCGCUAAAUCGUUUCGUCAUAAAUAUCUGCAAAAUCCAGCAGCCUUGUUUAAAAUAAUCAAGCAUUGCUUGGCUUUAGAGAUGAAAUAUGUGCAACAAGUUGAAGGAAGUUUAGGUACACCUCUACCAAAUAUACCCAGUAAUAGAUUGAUCAUGCCUGUGGAUAUAAUUCAGCAGCUUACCGCCCUGCGCCAGAAGGCACUUGAUUGCGCGGAUGACAUACGAAAAAUGGAGCAUGAACAGGAAAGUUUUGCGCUUAGUUAUCACGAGUGCACAAAACUGAACGCGCAAAUGCAACAUCUUGUUACUCAACCACAAAAUCAGCAAAAUUUUGAUGUCGAUAAAAAGAUCAGGAGGCAAAGAGAACAGCAGGAGCAGAUCUUGAAUCAUAAAUUAGCUGGCUUAAUGCAAAUACGUCUUUUGCUGGCUGACAAAUUGAAAGAGAUAAUCAACAAACUGGGCAGUUUGCAAUCCAGAAUCCUCGACGACGAACUUAUCAGAUGGAAAAGGGAUCAGCAAUUAUCAGGAAAUGGCAUACAAUUUGUCAAUAACUUGGACUCUAUUCAGGAAUGGUGCGAGGGCCUCGCCGAAAUAAUUUGGCUGACACGACAGCAAAUUAAAGAGGCGGAACUCAUGAAGCAAAAGUUAUUGUUCAACACGUCAGCGAUGCAAGACCCAUUUCCAGCAUUGAAUUCACAAAUCACACAACUGCUGAGUUCCCUGGUUACAAGCACUUUUAUCAUCGAAAAACAACCUCCACAAGUAAUGAAGACUAAUACUCGUUUUACAAGUACGGUGCGUCUUCUUGUCGGCGGCAAGUUGAAUGUGCACAUGACACCGCCGCAAGUCAGAGUAUAUAUAGUCAGUGAAACGCAGGCCAACGCUUUAUUGAAGAGCGACAAGAUGAAGAACGACAACAGCGGCGAGAUUUUAAAUAACACCGGCACGAUGGAGUAUCAUCAGACCACCAGACAACUCUCGGUGAGCUUCCGUAAUAUGCAGCUGAAGAAGAUCAAGCGAGCAGAGAAAAAAGGUACCGAGUCCGUGAUGGAUGAAAAAUUCUCAUUAUUGUUCCAAUCCCAGUUCAGCGUCGGCGGUGGAGAGUUGGUGUUCCAAGUGUGGACUUUGAGUUUACCGGUAGUUGUUAUCGUCCAUGGAAAUCAAGAACCUCAUGCUUGGGCGACUGUUACCUGGGAUAAUGCAUUUGCCGAGCCUGGCAGAGUACCAUUCGCAGUGCCUGACAAAGUACCAUGGCCUCAGGUGGCAGAUGCUUUAAAUGUGAAGUUUCAUUCGGCAACAGGACGCUCAUUGACAGAUGAGAAUUUACGAUUUCUUGCGGAAAAGGCUUUCCGUGGCAGUAAUUCAAACGGACAGGAUUAUUCCAAUAUGUUGUUGUCUUGGGCACAAUUCUGUAAGGAACCAUUACCUGAAAGAAAUUUCACUUUUUGGGAAUGGUUCUACGCGGUCAUGAAGUUAACUAGAGAACAUUUGCGUGGCCCGUGGUCAGAUGGUGUCAUUCUCGGCUUUGUUAGGAAGAAGCAAGCAGAAGAGAUGUUGGCAAACUGCACUCCAGGGACAUUCCUGAUGCGAUUUUCCGACUCGGAACUUGGCGGUAUCACUAUCGCAUGGGUCGCAGAUCAAACCGAAGUCUUUAUGCUUCAGCCUUUCACAAGCAAAGACUUUGCUAUACGGUGCUUGGCAGAUCGCGUAAAUGACUUGCAAUACUUAUUGUACCUCUAUCCGGAUUACACCAAAGAUCAGGCUUUCUCCAAAUACUACACACCAUUUAACGACAACCAAGCCACAUCGACAAAUGGAUAUGUCAAGCCUCUCUUGGUGACGCACGUGCCAGGUUGGAGUGCCCCCGGUCUUGGUAAUCAAACGCCGUCCCAUUCCUCCGUAGUGGGAGUCGGCGGUAAUGGUCAAGGCGGGCCAGGUGGAAGUUACCCGGCCACGCCGUCGACUGUAUUUCAACCACACAGUCCUGACCCGUCUGUAACGCGAGACACACCAUCUACAGCCUCCAGCUACGCUCCUGGUCUCGGCCAGUCGGGUGUUGGACGACCAAGCUCGGACAUGGACUAUGUGGAGCUGAUGGGUCAGAACGAGCUGACAUCAAUUGAUGAAAAUCUCAACUUGGACCACUUAAACAACUUCAGCUUCUCCGAAUUCAUGCAGUCGUAUAACAAACCACAAUAAUAGGUACGUUCAAGUGUUGUCGUUGUCGUCGUCGUCGUCGUUGUUGCCGAUUGCCGGCGACGGCCACCAAACCCUUUUUCGAUCUCUGACGGUUCAUCCGGUGCACACACACACACACACACACACACAUACACAGGAAGUAAGCGACGGACGCGAUCCGUGGAUUGUUAUAUUUAACGGGGGAGGGACACACGUGCCGUCGCGCCUGCACACGCUCGACGGCACGCACGAUUACUUACCUAAGAGAAGCGUUAAUGUGUCUGUUGAGAUGUACAAUGCGAGCUAUAUAUGAGAGCGCACUGCGUACACAGCCUGUGAAACAUUUGUUGUGUCUUUGCGUGAAUUGCGGAGAUCGUCCAACUCAAUGCAAAAAUGUGCAAUUCGUUUGGAAUUAUCGUUGUCUGUUGUGCGUUUAUGCCACUCGCGACUAUUGUCCGCUGUCGCGAAAAUCUUGACGGUUGUAUUUGUCGACACCACCUCCCAGCGUUUUGGAGUGCUCUCGAUAGUGUUCCGAUCAAUUUUUGGCGUUGUGAUACGACGACGGUCGCGCUUUUGACUGUUCCUUCGGGGCAGGAAAACAAUGCAAAGAGACCCGGAGCGCCGUAAUGCUUAAUUCCAGAUCGCAGAUAUAUCUUAUAAAAUAUGGUAUAUUGUAUGUUAUGAGAUAUGGUAUAUUAUAUCUUAUAAAAUACGGUACGGGUAUUACCUUUUAUAAAAUGUGUAAAGAUAAUGCGAGAAGCUUCUCUCUCGUCGGAUUUGAGCGGUGGAAAAAACAAAGAUGAAAUUAAAGCAAAGAGAGUCUCUGGCGCUAAAUUAUGAAUAUGAGAAAGAAUGACGCGAGUAUAAAAAGAGCGUUAUUUGCUGUCCGAGUUUUAAGCCUCAAAUGACAUUUAUCGAUGAGAUUGACGCAUAUAUCGGUGCAAUUAAAGAUGGAUUUGAUCAGCAUGAUGAAUUUAUGAAUUUAAUGAUGAAUUUUAUCAUUCUUGAACAUUUUGUGGAUAGAUUUCUAAAUUUUGUUAUGUAGCUUUAGAAUGAUACUCUCGUGAAUGUGAUGCAGUAACGUCAUAUUAUCCAAAAUUUUCCGUCUUUCACAAGCUGUUUGUACUAUUUUGUUUAUUUAAUGAGCGACCAAAAAUCGCAUUUUAUGAUUAUUAUUGUAACUCAUGAAUUUAUUAGAGUUAACUGGGCGUAUAUCGAUUCUUCGUUUUUUUUAGAGUUCCGGUAAUAUCAGUUUUAGCAAGCUGAAACUGAUAUUACAGUCCCGUGUAAUAUCAGUUUCAAGCCCAGGUUCUUGUAAGAUACGAUAAACACUUAGUACAAAAGCUCAUAGCUCAUCAUUUAUGAUAUACAAAACGCUUAAAGAAUAUAUGUAAUAAUAGAUUUGUAUAUUGCAUGUUUAAAAGUAAUAAUAUGACUAAUACAUUGUAGAAUUAUAUUACGAACAUAUAGUAAUUAUUUUUGUUAACCAGUUUAGAUCGUUUUAGAGAGAAUUUUAACGAAUUACUAUAAAAUCUGUUGUUUCUUUCUUUUCUUUUCUCUCUUAUUUUUUUAUGUACACCAACCGACAGAGUGGGUUUAGCAUGCAGUGUAAUUAGAGAUUACUAGUAUUUUCUAGCUACAUACGCAUUUGUAGAGACAAAUCUAUGAGCCCGCGGCACCAAAAACUAAAUCGAGCGUUUCUGAAUAUUAAUAUAAAGUUAUCAUAAUGACAGAUUACGAUACGAAAGCGUGCCCACUUCUUUAGAUAGUCUCAAUAAAUAGUAAAUUAAUAAUAUGUACGAUUAGAAAAUUCUAAUAUCCAGUAAACAAUCUAUUAGCAGUCUGCCGGCAGAUUGGCGACAGAUUCGAUUAGGAUCUGUCGACAGAUCCAUAAACAUUUGUGUCCGCAUUCGGCUCAUGUUUUGUCGAAUCUGACAGUAGGUAACAAGCAGGAUCUGCAGUAUUUUAAUUUAAAUACAUUGGAAUGACAAAUCUUGUUCUGUCGUCAGUCUGUCAUCAUAUUCUGCCUGUUGGAUUUAGCUUGUUAGCAAGCUGCUGACAGAGUCUAUGCAGCAGAUACUGUGCAAAAUCUGCUUUUGCAAGUUUCACUAUCUGGGUAAUGAUCUACUUGCACCGUGUUAAGGCUAUUUUGCCGGUUAGAGUGCACAAUACGUACCAUUUUAUAAUUACACAUUGGUUUUCUCGCAUCUUUAGAGAUUGUAGGAAAAGGGAGGUGCUGUUAGUUCUAUAAAAAUUUCGAGAUAUAUGUUUAAGAAUUAACAUAUACAACGAUGUAAGAGUAGAGAUUUAUCGAUGAGAGAUUAUGAGAGUACAAUGCGACGUAGAAAAUGGACAAUCAUCUUCAUACGUGUGACCGUACCGUGCCGCCUAGUCAAAUUGCCAUUGAGUGUUUUUUUUUUUCUUCAGAUAUUGAGAAGGAUUGUAAGUGUAAAAAGAGAAGGAAGUCUGUUAAAGUAUCGUUUGUGCGUUCGAUUUGAGUUAUACUAUGAUAAGAAAACUGCGAAAGAUGGGUAUGUACAAGCCGCUUGCAGCUUGCACAUACGAUUGAAAUGGUCUAAAGUAUACGUGCCUUACAAUUUUUAGACUUUGAUCUUAAAUUCUUCAUGAAUGUCUGGAAGUCUCUCGACGAUGAGAUUAGGUAUACGUUUUAACUACUCUCUCUCUCUCUCUCUCUCUCUCUCUCUUUUCUUCUUCUUUCUUUUGCUCUUUUUUUAAUUUUAAUUUUUGCCUCGUGAUAACUUAGGCAUAUUUCGAGAAUGUAUAUGUAUGCAUGAGUACAUAUGUAUAGCUUUACUAAAAGAGGUGAUUCGUUUAUGUAUAAAGGUUUACUUAUCGUGUAGGUUUAUUUAGUGAUUGUUUUUAUUUUCUUUUUUAACGAAGAGGAAGGAUGCGAAAUAAGUGGUUCGUUCUGGAGAACUUGGUUAACGUGCGGACGACGCACACGCAUAUACAUUGUAAAAUUUAGUUGUUAUUACGGUGCUCCAUUCCCUCCCCUGUCUGUGUGUCUUAUGUAUGUAUUAUUAAAGGAAGAAAGCUCUAUCUCGAUUGUAUACAUAUGUAAAACACCGUUAAAUGUACACUGGAUUUCGUCGCGAGUAGGAGUGCACAUAGCGUUGUCUCUCCUCUUAUAUUUAUCAUUAUAAGAUAUAUAUACGAGCCAACACGUUUUGGCGACAUACGAGCUAGUAUUAGCUAUUGAUCUUUUUAUCAAAGAUUAGAGUUUAUUUUAUUACCAAGGAUGAUUUUACGGCCCGUAGAAGACGCUCGUACUCAUCGAUCUAUUUACCGUAAUCGUUAAGUGUAGUAUAAUAAGUGUAACAUAACACGCAUGUUUACGCGCAAUAAAAUUGAUUGUAAAUCAA